UUCUGCUUGUGCGCACCUUUCAUUCCCAACUCCAUUAUCAGCAAUACUGAGCAGGAGAAGGUGGCAUGGUGUAUUAAGCCUAGCCACAGCACACAUCUCAUUUCCAAUGGUGUCCUUCAGGGCAUUCAGUUACUUCAUAUGUCAGAGUAUAUCCAGAUCGCUGGUUUCAUUGACUAG